UUCCUCUUUCUCCCUCUCUCUCUCUCUCUCAUUCUCUGAAAAAAGCUUCACCUAACCAAAACAAAAAAAAAAUGGUGGCUGUCUUCUACAAAGACAUGUUGAGCUGGUACUUACUCACCCUCAAGAUCCGCGAAAAACUAGAAAUCGAGAACCAAAGAACCGAACCGGUUAAUCAAGAUCAAAACCUCCCCGGUUUACCCGAAAUCACCAGAUCCGAUCAAGACAAGAACAAUCAUAACCACGAGCAGACUCCGUCCGAGCCCGAUGCAGGUAAGAUCGAGGUAACCAAAGAGAGCCCGAGAGAGACACAAGAUGAUUGGGUGAUCUCAAUCACAGACAAGCUCGAGCAAGCGAAUAGAGACGACGACAUGACCAUCUGGGGAAAGCUCUGCAUCUACAGAGUUCCAUAUUACUUGCAAGAAAACGAUAACAAAUCGUAUUUUCCUCAAACCGUCUCGCUUGGUCCGUACCACCACGGCAAGAAACGGCUCCGGUCUAUGGAUCGUCACAAAUGGCGAGCGGUCAGCAGAAUCUUGAAACGCACGAACCAAAACAUUCAAAUUUAUAUUGACGCAAUGAGAGAGAUAGAGGAAAAGGCUCGAGCUUGCUACGAAGGUCCCUUUGGUUUGAGCAGUAACGAAUUCAUCGAAAUGCUUGUUCUUGAUGGUUGUUUUGUGCUUGAGCUCUUCAGAGGAGCCGUUGAAGGAUUCACUGAACUCGGAUAUGCACGUAAUGACCCGGUUUUUGCGAUGAGAGGAUCGAUGCAUUCGAUUCAACGUGACAUGAUAAUGCUGGAAAAUCAACUUCCUCUGUUCGUGCUAAACCGGUUAUUAGAGCUACAGCUCGGUACAAGGAACCAAACCGGUUUAGUGGCGCAAUUGGCGAUUCGGUUCUUUGAUCCACUAAUGCCAACGGACGAGCCGUUGACCAAAACUAAUAAGUCAAAACUCGAGAACUCACUGGCAAGAGAAGCCUUUGACCCAUUCACCGAUAUGGGGGAAUUGCACUGUCUGGAUGUUUUCCGGCGAAGUCUGCUCCGGUCUAGUCCUACACCGGAGUCGAGGUUAUCGAGAAAGAGAUGGACUCGGAAUACGCGCGUGGCGGACAAACGCCGGCAACAACUUAUACAUUGCGUGACGGAACUAAGGGAAGCCGGUAUAAAGUUCAGGAGAAGGAAAACCGACCGGUUUUGGGAUAUUCAAUUCAAAAACGGUUAUUUAGAGAUACCGAGACUUCUCAUUCAUGAUGGUACCAAAUCACUUUUCUUGAAUCUUAUAGCUUUCGAGCAAUGCCAUGUUGACUCGAGCAACGACAUAACAUCCUACAUAAUCUUCAUGGACAAUCUAAUAGACUCUCAUGAAGAUGUUAGCUACUUACACUACUGCGGUAUUAUUGAACAUUGGCUAGGGAGCGAUUCCGAAGUUGCGAAUUUGUUUAACCGGUUAUGUGAAGAAGUUGUUUUUGACACAGAAGAUAGUUAUUUGUCUCGGUUAUCGAUUGAGGUUAACCGUUACUACAAUCAGAAGUGGAAUGCUUGGAGGGCAGCAUUGAAACACAAGUACUUCAAUAAUCCAUGGGCUAUUGUCUCUUUCUGUGCUGCGGUUAUUCUACUAGUCCUCACAUUGUCUCAAAGUUUUUAUGCUGCAUAUGCUUAUUACAAGCCACCUUCCUAACUUUCAUUAUUCUUAUAGCUUACUUUUUUUCUUAUUAUUGAAAAGAAAUUUUUGUGUUUUCUAUAUGUAUUGAAGCUAAGAACACUGAUAUUGUAACACCCGGGUUUUGAA